AUGGAUUUCGUGACCGCCCAUGUGGUUUUGGUGCUAAUGGUCGUGUCACAAGUGCCAGGUGCCGGAGUUUUGAUGCAGUUCGUCUCGGAGAUGGCAAUGAGAGGUGUAAAAGCCAUACUGAAUAUCACUAUUGUGAGAGGGCAUGUGACCUUUUUUGCCGUGAAGGGAUGGGUCCUUGCUUGGAGCAAGACUGACCAGAUACUACAGUUUCCCUUGUCGAUUGAAAUAGAAUCAAAGUUAAGACAUGAUAUGCGCCAAACAGUCUACAUAACGUGA